UACACAUUCAGUCACAGCAGCAGACAGGGCACGAGUGUGAGCUCUGUAAUACCAAUCCCACAUGCAGACCUAUAAACAGAUGAUACCGGCAGACUCCAGAGCUGGAUCUACUGGCAAUCCUUAAAGACUCUGAUUUCCAUUGGGAUUUUUAUUUUUAUUUAAAAAACAUUUUCCUGUAAGGUACGGCUUGGAAACCUGUGUCUGAAAGAGAAUUGCUAAAAAAACCUGUGUGGAAAAUAACACAAGCACAUGGAGACAAAGGUGACCACCAGUUCUCACAUCAGUACACGGCUCUCCUUUUCAGGAGUUUGAGGAGAAGAAGAGAAAUAAACGAGCGAGGGAAAAGAUCUUCAUGAGCACCAGAAAAUCCAGCGAUAAAACACACUGAGACACAGGCAGCAAAAUGUGGACACAGAACAUGACACGUGUCUCUUUCCUAUAUCUCCUCCAUGUUCUCCUGGUUGGAUGGGGUCAAGCAGCAGAAGACGACGUCACCCCUCGCCUCAGUUUCUCUUACAAUGCAAACGAGAGGUCGGCCAAGAGAUUUUCACCCGACAGAGUCUUCAAUUACACCUCUCUGCUCCUCAGUAAAGAGGAUAACAUGCUGUACGUUGGCGCUCGAGAGACUCUCUUCGCACUCAAUAUCAGCGAUAUCAGCAGAACACAGCUGCAGCGUAAUUUAACAUGGAGCACACCACAGAUAAAGAGAGAACAGUGCAGUUUCAAAGGGAAAGAUUUACAGACUGACUGCUUCAAUUACAUCAAGAUCUUACUGCGUGUGAACAGCACUCACCUGUACGUGUGUGGAACGUAUGCUUUCAGCCCUGUCUGCGCAUACAUCAACACAUCUGAUUUUUCCCUGGUGCGCAAUGAGAUGGGAGAAAUAGUCACCGAAGAUGGUCGUAGCCGGUGUCCUUUCAACCCUGAAUACAAGUCUACGGCCAUCAUGGCCGAUGGAGAACUGUAUGCCGGCACAGUCAGUAACUUCCAAGGGAAUGAGCCCAUCAUUUACAAAAGCCUUGGCCAGGGCACAGCGUUAAAGACUGAAAACUCACUGAACUGGCUUCAAGACCCUGCUUUUGUGGGCUCAGCUUAUAUUCAGGAGAGUUUGCCCAAAGGCAACAUAGUUGGCGAUGAUGAUAAGAUUUACUUCUUCUUCAGUGAAGCGGGAAAGGAGUUCGAUUUCUUUGACAACACCAUUGUGUCACGCAUCGCUCGCGUGUGUAAGGGUGAUAAAGGUGGAGAGAGGGUCCUUCAGAAGAAAUGGACAACCUUUCUGAAAGCCCAGCUCCUGUGUUCACUGCCUGACGAUGGGUUCCCUUUCAACAUCAUCCAGGACAUGUUUGUACUGACCCCCAGCAAGGAGGCCUGGAAGAGUACUGUGUUUUAUGGAGUCUUCACCUCACAAUGGUACAAAGGUGCGUCAGGCAGCUCAGCUGUAUGUGCGUUCACCAUGGACCAGGUCGAAGAGGCGUUUAAUGGACGUUACCGGGAAGUUAAUCGCGAGACGCAGCAGUGGUACACCUACAACCAUCCGGUACCAGAACCCAGACCUGGAGCGUGCAUCACUAACACGGCCCGCGACCAAGGGAUCUCCUCCUCCCUGCACAUGCCUGAUAAAGUGCUGAACUUUGUGAAGGACCACUUCCUCAUGGAUAGCAUGAUCCGCAGCCAGCCUCUGCUGCUCAAACGAAACGUGCGCUACACGCAGCUCGCAGUGCACCGAGUACAGGCUCUUCACAAGACAUACGAUGUGCUCUUCAUCGGCACAGAUGAUGGCAAAAUUCACAAAGCCAUCAACGUUAACGGCAAGAUGUAUAUCAUUGAAGAGCUGGAGAUUUUCCCCGAGCCUCAGUCUGUACAGCACAUCGAAUUGGAUGAUGAGAAGGGGCUGUUGUUUGUGUCCAGCUAUUCUGGGCUGGUUGAAAUCCCUCUUGCCAACUGCUCCAACUACCAGAGCUGUGGAGAGUGUUUGCUGUCUAGAGAUCCUUACUGCGCCUGGACAGGGAAGCAGUGUUCAAAUAUCAAACAUGCGCCAACUAAGAGCCACUGGCAACAAGAUGUUGAUGACGCCGACACUGCAGUGUGCAAAAUAACAAUCGCUAACCCUCGUUCUGCAAAACCAACUCCACCACGUGUUCCACCAUGCCAUGUGGUACAAAUACCAGCCAACAUAUUUACGGUUCUUCCCUGCAAGCUGCGAUCCAACUUGGCUGAGAGGCGAUGGGAAUACAGUCAUACCGCUGAGCGUUUUGUCUACCCUAGUCCUGACGGCGGGCUGGUGGUUGUAGCCCAAGUGGACAAGGAGGAGAUCUACCAAUGUUGGUCAGAAGAAGGUGGCUACCGACAACUUCUGGCCAAUUAUUGCGUCAAAGUGGAGCACGAAAGCACCACCCUGACUGGACAUUCCCGAACGCAGUUGGUACCCCAAGGGGAAGCGAUUAUUCUACCCGGGGAAACGCGGUCGCCGCAGAAAACCAAAACAUACUGGAAUGAGCUGAUCGUUGUGUGUGCCUUACUCGUGUUCUCCCUGGUGGUCCUUUCGCUGUUCGUGGCGUACAGGAACCGAGGCAGGAUGAAGUCCAUGCUGAAGGAAGGCGAGUGCCCCAACAUGCAACAGAAGAAACCGCGAAUUCCAGGGAAGCACACGGAAAGCCUUCCAUUAAAUGGCAACAACAUCCCGCCCUCAGUGUCUGACCACAAGGGCUACCAGACGCUCAAUGAUAAGUACAUCUGCAGCACUCCCACCCACGAGUGCUCCUCACCCGAGAACAGCAAGAGCUUCUCCGAAUCCGAAAAGAGACCUUUGAACUUAAAAGAGAGCCACGUUGAGAUCUCGCCGACUUGUCCGCGGCCUCGAGUGCGACUGGGCUCGGAGAUCAAAGACUCCAUCGUUUAAUUCUGUUUGGGAUGACUGUUAAAAAAAAGUGGCCUCUGAACUGAACGGCACCAAGUGAGGGACAGACUGAAAAUGACUGGAAGCGUACCAUCACUGGGUUUUAUUUUGCACUUUGUCUCCUCUCAUUUUGUCUUGGUGAUCUGUUCACAUUUCUCAGUCACUGCCAAGUCUGUGAAACACCCAGAGCCACGCUGAGCGGGACACAAGGCCUAGAGUACACUUUGAAAAAUAAUAAUGGGCAUUGCGAGACAUGCCGAUCUGGCCGUCCCACCCGGUCCGUCCAAAAAUGUCUGGUGGCAUCUGUGUGAAAGCAAUACGAUGCCCUCAGGGUCCACUAACCGGUCAUGCUCCUAUCUCAUCCCUCGGUCUGCCGCGUAGAGUUGGUCGUCCUGUGAACGGGAAAACGAAAAUUCUAACUUUAGUCUACAAUAGAGUCUCUGCCAAACUUAGUGCCUGACGUGAGAUGAUUAGCUGACAUUUUAACACAAUAUAAGGCAUAGUGGUGCAUCAAAACCUUUGAUGAUAUAUGCAAAACCUUUGCGCAGUAUAUCAUCAUGACCUCAGCACAUAGUAGGCAUACUAUGCAAAUCACAUUAAGGAGAAGCAUCUUGUAGAGAGCUAACAGCACACGGAUGUCCUAGUACACUAAGUGAUGCCACGACCUCAGUAUUCUACACCGCUUCUCAGAGGUACACACGUUAAGGUAUGCAAAUAAGUUUGAGGCAUAUGGAGAGCCCACCGUGGGGUUUCAGUGUGGAGAGAACUCCAAAGAAGGCAUGUUAGCAAUACUGUAAGUAUGUCCAGGGCACAAAUUACAUUCUGAAGAUGCAGGAAUUUGAAUAACUCUAUGUUCCUUAUACCCCCAACCAAAAUCAGUUGCUACCAAUAAUAGACCAUUUAAACCAGUGGUUCUCAGCCUUUUUGACUCCACAGGCCCCCAAAGUCCAGAACAUAAUUAGAGGAUCCCAUGACUUUUCCACUUGUAUAUGAUUUACAAGAUUAAUUUUUACUCACAAUUUCUACUUGAUAAAAUAUAUUCGUUAGAAAAAUGCCCAUGGAGUUAUAUGUUUUUGUUAAUUUACAUGACUUUUCCAGGUCUAGAAAUCUAAAAAGUGAAAUUCUCAUAUAUCUAAGUUUAAAGGAUUCUAUUGCUUCAAAGACAAAGAACUGGGUUUUUUAAAAUUAAUAUUUAAUUUGUCUUAUUUUUAAUAGUUUGAAGUCAUUUCGAGGCCCCUGUUGAGAACCACUGAUUUAAAGUGAUAGUUCAUGCACAAAUGAAAAUUCUGCCAUCUUUUACUCCCCCUCCAAAUGUCAAAUGGAAAUCAGUGGUUUCCAGUCUUGUUUUGGGCCCCACUUGGACAAAAACAGCAGAAACAUUCUUCAAAAUACAAUACCUCUAUUUGUGCUCCCCAGAAGAAAGAAGGUCACACAUGUUUAGAACAACAUGAGAGUGAGUAAAUGAUGACAGAAUUUUCAGUGGCAGCUUAACUGUCCUUCGAAGUAUAGUGCAUUAUACAGUCAAUGGAAGUGACCGAAUGUCUUGUCUUGAGAUUGUUUACUGAUUCAAAUUGGUUGUUGUGAUUUUAAUGAACCAUUUCAGAUCUCUUUGGAUCUGUCAAGAGCUCUGUUCUCUUGACUCAAAAGUGUACCUUGUUCAGAUUUAACACCGUUCUUGCCAUGUUGUAAAUUCGAAUGAUGAAUUUCCGGUCGGACAGAAUGAAAACUUAUGGCUAAGACUUUACAUGCCAAAUUUGCGCUAAGCUAUGAGAUCUAUGCUGCCGAAGAGUGUAAAGUGACCAGCAGAUUUUUUUUUUUUUCCAUGAAAAAGUGCCAUGUUCACUGUAACACCUUAAGUCAAAUCAGGCUAACAGAUGUUUUUGUGUGGGACAUAUAUGUAUAUAAAAAAGUCAGUUAUAAAUUGUCAGCUGCCAAGAGUGUCAUACUGGAUCAAAAAAAAAAAAAGAAAAAAGAAAAAGUACAGUACUUGGUUGCUGCACAGCAAUGGGAUGGAAACCACAAAAUAAGACACAAAUGUAAGUUACUACUAUAGAAUACAUAAGGAUCCAUGUAAAAAUGUAUAUUAAUAACACACACACACACACACACAAAAUAUAUAUUUUUUAAAUGUCUAUUUCCAGUGUCAACAUAUUUCCAGUAAAAUUCCCAAAGACAAGCAGUGUAUAUUGCACCACCCAAAUGUGUAAUAUUUGAUUGCCAUUGAUCUUUAAAGAUCACAUAGACAUCUGUAUUAUGAAUGUACUUAUGUAUUGAUUGAACGUGUUCCAAAAUUAUUCUUUCAAUCGAAAAACUGUAUUAUUUAAAUUUGUGCUGAAUGUUUGAAAACAGGACAUUUACUUUAACAUGAUCUGAUGGACCAUGACAUUGAUCACAACGUUGUAUAACUGUAUUUGUAAGGGGAGGUAGAGAAUUGCUUUAAAUGUUUUUGACGCUGCUUUUUUUUUUUUUUUUUUUUUUUAUACCCGAAUGCGUUACAAAUACAUUUUUUUUUUUUUUUUUUUUUGUUUCUUUUGUUCUAUUUUAUUUGCACAGAAUGUGGAAAUGGCUCAAAUGAAAGUGUCUGGGAAUGAAUAUUCUCUUGACAUUGCUGUAGCAAGUACCAGUUGAAUUUUGUUAAUGCCUCCGAGCUAGAUUUUGUGACUCAAAGGGUAUGCGGGAAAGUAAAUGUAAUGUUGUAGCCUUUUUGUGACUCAAACACGUGUGCAAAAAGCAAACCUGGCAUGCAUGUCAGCUCUGGUGGACUACACAGUAGAAUUAUCUAGUACAUGUAAAGUCGCAAACCACUGUAUAUUGAAUGGUCGUCUGUGCAACAGUCCACUGCAAGGCUAUGUCUCCUCUGUGCUAAUGAAUAUCUACAGAGGUCCCCUAAUAUAUAUAUAUUCACACAAAAAAACACUUACAGACUAUAUUUAAAGCACAAAAAAAAGAAAAAAACUAUGUAUUUGUAAAAAUGAUAUAACUGUUUUACAUAUGCUCAGACCUCUGUUUGAAAAUCACAUUCAAAAUCACAUUUAAAAUGUAAGCAAAUUUGCUUGUUUUUUAGUACAUCAUCUGAUUAUUAUUACUAGCGUGCCGUUUUACAGAGUAGAUAAUGUGAAAACUUCACUGUACAUCAGCUGCUACCUACAAAUGGUAGAUUUAGUCACCUAUAGAUUGUCAUAAAGUUACAUAUUUCAGUGCUGAACUGACUCAGACAUAAGAGUUACUGGACUGUUAGCGCUCUGCUACACUCUUCAGUACUCAGAUACAUUCUUUAUAUUGGUGCACAAAGAUGCUCUGACCUAUUGUAAGUUAAUGUCUUGUAAACUUUAAUGUAAAGGUAGGUGUAUUUGUACAUUUUGCUGCCAAUGUAAAGAAAAACAAAUGUUGUGAAAUGUAUUUUUUGUAUUAUGUUGUUUUUAUUAUAUUGUACAUAAAAGCACUUUAAUUUUAAUUUUUUUAAAUAAAAGAAAUAAAACCA